AGAAUGCUCCACGCUCCCGUCUGUCCGCUGCCGAGGAAGAGGAGAAGGCCCCUGGCGCUGCACCCCUCUGGUCCGCACGAGGUCAGGUUCCAGGAGGUGACCGUUUACCUGGUGGAGAGAAAGAUGGGCUUCAGUCGGAGGUCCUUCCUGACCAGCCUCGCCCGGACCAAGGGCUUCCGCGUGGCAGACAAUCUGAGUGAUGAGGUCACACACGUGGUGGCGGAGAAAAACUCUGGAGAAGAGCUGUGGGCGUGGUUACGAGAGCGGGGUUUGAGGGACCUGACCAACUUGCUGGUGUUGGACAUCACCUGGUUUACUGAGAGCAUGGCAGCUGGCUGGCCUGUCACCGUGGAGAGCAGGCACUGCAUACAGGAGAAGCACCCUCUGGUGAAGCCAUGCCUGCCGACUGCGCCACUUUGGACAGUGUCACAGUACGCAUGCCAGAGAAGGACCACAAUGGAGAACCACAACAAGAUCUUCACCGAUGCGUUUGAUAUUCUGGCGGAGAAUGCGGAGUUCUGCGAGAUGGACGGCCCCUGCCUGGCUUUCAUGCGGGCAGCCUCAGUCCUGAAGAGUCUGCCGGGUGCAGUCGGCCAUCUCGCUGACCUGCGAGGCGUUCCCUGUCUGGGGGACCAAACCAGAGCUGUCAUAGAGGAGAUCCUUGAGAGUGGCAUCUCCUCCAAAGUGCGGGACAUUCUGAGCGAUGACAGAUAUCAGACGCUGAAGCUCUUCACAAGUGUGUUUGGUGUUGGACCCAAAACUGCAGAGAAGUGGUACCGGAAGGGCUUCCGGACCUUUCCAGACAUCCUCACCGACCAGGGCGUGCAGCUAAACAGGAUGCAGAAAGCAGGUUUCCUGUACUAUGAUGACAUCUCAAAGUCCAUGAGCAAGGCAGAGGCGGAGGCAGUGGGCAGAAUGGUGGAGGACACUGUGCGCUCUGUUGUGCCCGAUGCCAUUGUGGCUCUGACUGGUGGCUUUCGCAGGGAGAAGGAGUUUGGACACGACGCGGACUUCCUGAUCACCACCCCGCAGUCUGGCAAAGAGGAGGGCCUGCUCUCCAGAGUGGUGGAUAAGCUCAAAUACCAGGACAACUUGCUCUUCUGCGAACACCAGGAGUCCACAUACGACAAGGGCAAGCUCCCGUGCCAGAGGUUCGAGGCGAUGGACCACUUCCAGAAGUGCUUCCUGAUUGUGCGUCUGAGGGAUGAGCUGGUGGGCGGCGAGGCUCGGAGGGGCGUGGGCCACCCCCGGGGCUGGACGGCGGUGCGUGUGGACCUGGUGGCUCCGCCCGUUGAUUGCUAUGCAUUUGCUCUCCUCGGCUGGACCGGAUCCAGGCAGUUUGAGCGAGACCUGAGACGAUUUGCGACGCGUGAGCGGAAGAUGCUGCUUGAUAACCACGGCCUGUACGACAAGACCAAGAAAGUGUACCUAACAGCAGAAACAGAGGAAGACAUAUUUGCUCUUCUGGGCCUGGAGUUUAUCGAGCCGAGGCAGAGAAACGCUUGAGUCCGCCCCAGCGGAGGGCCGCUCCCCACAGCCAUCGUCUCGCGCCAGUAGGGUCCCUGCCUGAGACCUCCGAAAGAGGGCUUAAAUCAUCACUGAAGAGUAGUUUUGGUGUUUUCGUCUUGGUCUUCAGCGCUGUGCUGUGCUGUGCUGUGCUGUGCUGUGCCAUGCAGUUUUUGGCUCUGCUUCCUCGUAGUCUUAGUCGGCUGCUGAUGCGUAUGUUAAUCUAGGCUGAAUAAAAGCUUG